AAGCGGACGAGUCUUCCGCGCACGUCACUUCGCGCCAAGAGCGGCGAUCGCGCGGGCGUUUCCCGCGUAAUUUUUGACAUUUUACUUUUUAAAAACAAAACGUCAAGGUGUUUAAGUUUUUAAUUAUCGUGUUUUGGAAUUAUAAACCGCCAGUACAUAACGUGUGAAAGUGAACAUGCGCCAGUUUAUUUUGGUGCUGGUGUUGGCUGUGGGGCUGAGCAGCGCGCGCUGGAUGCGACGCUCGCGAUCCAAUCAGCCGAGGGAGAUCAGCUUUGUGGGGAAGGCUACCAAUGCACUGUCCACUGCCAUCUUCCAGGGAUAUAUAGAUGAUGACAAGAACAUAGCCUUUUCGCCACUUGGUUAUUCAGCUAUAUUAGCCAUACUAGCUGAAGGUGCCAAAGGUGAGACCAGGCAGCAGCUUGUGUCAGCACUCCAUCUACCUGAAGACCAGCAACUAACGAGAAAAACCUUCCGAUCUAUAAUGGAAAGAUUGAAAAAUACAAACGAAUAUAAAUACAAUACACCAGAAUUGAAGAACUUCUUCUACAUUUACAAAAACUAUACUAUAAAUGACGAUUACAAAAAAAUCCUUGAAGAUUACUACUUGACUGAAGUAAGGUCAGUUGAGAGGUACAAUCCAGAUCACUAUUACAAUCGCGAAGAAUUAAAAGACACUCAAGAAUUCACAGUAGAUAUUCCUGAAAAAAAGCAAGAAGAUAACAAAAAUGAGGAGAUUCCCGAACUCUUGCCUCCAGCGAAGUCAGAUGAGAAAUUUAUUUCGUUUGCAGUAGAUGAUAAACCUGAUAAAGUAGACGUUUCCCAAAUUGAAUAUAAACCGGCUAAAAAUAUAAAAGAAAAGAUCAAGUUAGUUAAAUCUUUUCCUAAGAAAGAAGAGUCGGGGGAAGAUGAGGAAACUAUGGUAGCUGUAGAAGCAAGGAACCAUGCAAGAAGUCUUAAAGUUUUGGAAGAUAAAAAUGAUAUUACAUCAAGCAUAUCUGUAAAUAGCGUUGGGAAGAAAUCCAGCACGACAUCUCACACCAACUCCCUUAUGAUCAUUUUCAACGGCAUGUACUUCCGCGGCUCCUGGAAGCACCCGUUCGACUCCGUGGAGAAUGGUGUCUUCUACAAGUCCAGCACGGAGAAGAAGCAAGUGCCGAUGAUGAAAGCCAGGGGCGCGUACCGGACUGGUUUCCUACCAGGGUUGGACAGCGAGGCUAUACAGUUGCCUUAUGAUGGUGGUCGCUACGCCUUGCUGGUGGUCGCGCCCCGCUCGCGGGACGGGCUGACCCGGCUCACCGCAGACCUGCCCGCGUCCACCAUGGCCGAGAUACAGGACAGUCUGCGAGAAGAGGAGCUCCAAGUGUGCCUGCCGACUUUCUACGUCGAGACUACUACUAAACCUGUUGCUGCUCUUGCUAAGUUUGGCGUAAGCAGCAUCUUCAGUCGUGACGCAGAGCUGUCGGGAGUGUCUUCCGACGAGGGUCUGUUUGUUCAGGAGCUGGUGCAGCACGUCGCGGUCAGGGUGGACAAUGCUGACGCUUCGGCUUCGGAACUCUCUGCCGCUAACCCAUCGAUUGAAGCGCUGAAGAACCUUCCUCUAGAACAGUUGAAGCCUGUGAGAAAGUUCAUAGUCGACCAUCCAUUCAUGUUCUUCAUCAUCGACUGCUUAGACAACCUUGUCGUCGUCAGUGGCAAGGUCGUUGACCCUGAACAGCCUACCCCGUUCGAAAUUUUAUCAACACUAUGUAUUGUGACAGUUCGAUCUCAAAACAUUCUUCCGUACACAAAUCCUUAUCCGUAUGGACAAAUCGUGAACCAAGAUCAGAUUUACUUCAUGGACGAACCAAACCGAGCCUUACCGUUGUCUAUAGAAAACAAGAAUAAUAAUCAAGAAAAUUCUAUUUAUAGAAAAGAAGGUAUUUCAACUCAAGCACUGAAUAUAAAUUCUAAUGCUGAAAAAAUGCCACGACCAAGUGUCAAUUUAGAACCUCCUGUUUAUGGAAGGCUGCAAAAUAAUUAUGAAGAUAGAUUUUUGGAUCGUUCUGGUGCAAAUGAUAAAGAGGCAGAAAUCAACAAACAAUUUCCUCCAGCAAUUAUAGCUGGUCCUUUGUCGCGGCCAGUCACUAAAUUUGGCUUGGAACUCAUGAAGGGGAUAAUCCAACCAGGCCAGAACCAGGUGUUGUCUCCCUUCUCAGUGUCUUCUCUCCUGGCUCUCCUGCAGCAGGGAGCGAUGGGUGCCACCAGGCAGCAGAUCACGGCCGCUCUGCAGAUGUCUUCAGAGGCCGCAGCCUCCAUAUACAAGAACGUCACUCAGGAUGUUAAGUCAAGAAAAUCCAACAACCUCUUAAAGCUAGCGACCAACAUAUUCAUAGCGGACGCGUUCCAAGUGAACCCGACAUUCAAAAGCAUAGCCUUGAACAGCUUCAACAGUGAACUCACCCCAAUGAGAUUCGUUGUCCCCGAGCGAGCAGCGCAGAUGAUCAAUAAUUGGGUCGCAGAUAAGACGAGUAAUAAGAUCAUCAAGCUUGUAUCUUCUGAUUCAAUUGACGAGAAUACGCAACUAAUGCUAGUAAAUGCAGUAUACUUUAAAGGCGCCUGGGAUCUGAAGUUCAACCCAGACGUCACUCAACUUGGCACGUUCCACCUCAGCGACAGGAGCCAGCAGAAAGUGCCAUUCAUGCGCAUGAGGCGGUUCUUGAGGACUGGCAUCGAUAGGAGCAACACUGCGCAGAUUGUCGUUCUGCCUUUUGAGAAAGAAGAAUACUCGUUAAUGGUAAUCUUGCCUUCACAAAUUUCGAGCAUUGCGGAAGUCCUGCCAACGUUGACAGACUCCAAACUCCUGGAGUACCACCAGUUCCCUUACGAGGAGACUGCGCUCGAAUUGCCUAAAUUCACAGUCAGAUCUGACACUGAUCUCAACAUAGCAUUAAGGAAGCUUGGCGUCCAGAAUAUGUUCAGCAACAAUGCUGAACUAUCCGGCGUUGGAACUUACAGAUCCUACUCCCCUCAAGUUUCGUCUGCUUUACACUCAGCAAUGCUCUCCAUCGACGAGCAAGGAGGCUCAGCAGCCGCUGCCACAGCCUUCGCUGUAGUAGCCUUAUCCUAUGAUGAACCUACUGUAUCUUUCAGGGCAAAUCGACCGUUUAUAAGUAUACUAUGGGACAGUUCGUCAGGCGUACCUCUAUUUAUGGCUGCUGUUGAAAAGCCUGCUUCAUAAUUUAGUUCCUUAUUUAAAUUUAAAGUUAAGAUAAUUUUAAUUUAUGAUACAUUGUUAAUUACUGCUUACUUCUAGUAAAUUUUGUACAUGUUAUAUAUUUAUGAAGGAAAAAUGUUUCUUUUGUUUGUGACCGUGCUCAUAAAUUAUAAACUUUAUGAGCACGGUCAUUUUAUAUAACAAAAAGCAUUUAUAAAAAACAAACAAUAAAAUACUCGUACAUCAUUGUUCAUUGAAAUUGUGAUUGUACAAAUGGUUUAAUAAAUACUUAUAUCUAAUUAUAUUAAAAUAACUUAUA